AUUGACGCGCCGCAGCCAAGUAUCAGACCGAGUCUUGUUCCGUCACCGUUACGGACAGUCGUACUUUUAUAAUAUAUGUAAUAAUAUUUCCAGAGGGAAAACAAAACUGUUAUUAUUAUUAUUAUUAUAUUUCAUUGUAACAUUUACAUAUUAAUUUUCUUAAAUUUUUCCCUCCCUCCCCCUCUCGAUUUAUUAUAAUAUCCCAGUUACUAUACAUUUAACAUUAUAUUAUAUUCGCACCAAACACGUAACCCGAGCACAUUUUCCGUUCUUCCGAAAGCGAAUGGUGCGGCUCGCAUCGCAGUCCGCCACGAGGACCAUCAUGUCGACCUCACUCCGGCUCCUGGCGAUCGCAUACCUGAUCACGUUGGGUAAGUAAUCACGUAAAAUCGUGCAGCGUUCGUUCGUUUGUACGUUUUCUAACGUUACCGUAUAAGUAUUAGUUUAACGUGUCGUGUAAUAACAACUGGUAAACAAUAAUAUGAAAAUUUGAAAUGACAUUUGAAUAUUAUACUAUAAUAGGUCCUUGCAUAUAGUGCCCGCUGUAUAAUGCGUUAACCGGCGUUAUCGGGUAGACAAUGACGUCUACGAUUCGCGAAAAGUUAGAAAAAUAAAAAAAAUAAAAAUUUAGCGAUGAAAAGUGUUUAAGUCGUCCAUAAUAAUGCAAUAAGAAUUACGCGUGCGCGCGAUAAAUUCCUCUACUUUUGUAAUAUUAAUUACUGUGUAUAGAAGAAUAUUAUUCCUUUAACCGGGGUUCUCGACUGCCGUCCGUUUUUUUUUUUUUUUUUAUAAUAUUAUAUUGUUAUAAAAUAUUUUUUCCAAGAAUUGUUUAAACCAAUAUCAUUUAUCUCUACCCCCUCCCCCCCAACCCCCCGGGAAAUGUUAAAACCGAAUUAUUAUUAAAACACAAUUUCAGCAGUGCCGUAUAAAAAGGAUGUACAAAACUGCGUUUUCGAAAGGCAUGUGCACUGCUGAAGUACCUAGUAAUAAAGUAUUACGUUCUUUCUCUCUCUCUUUCUCUCUCUAAUCGCCUUAAUCGUCUAAUCGUAUUAAAUACUCGUAGAUGUGACUAGUAUUGGCUACACCGUAAAACGCGUUACGGGUGAAAACGGUUAAAAACAUUACUAACACGAAUAUUCGACCGAGAGUAUAAUUAUUUUUGAAAACUAGUUACCAUUCCAUACGACAGACCAGUCGUAAUAAUAUUAAUUUCUCAUAAUCUGUAUAAUGAAAUUUGGAUUACGUUUUCGGGGGCAAACUACCGGCGUAUCAUCAAGACGCCUAAUUGUACAUUAACGCCUUGCACGACGAGUGCAACACGUAAUCGUCGAAAACGAAUAAAUCUUUCUUCACUUUUUUCAUUUUUGUUUCUCUCCGUACGUUCGCCACGACAAUAAUAUAAAUUACGCAACGCCCGAGUGCAACAAUAUUAAAUAUUUUCAUUGCGAAUGGCUGCAACGACGAUCAUAAUAUUAUAAUAUUAAUAAUAACAAUGAUAAAAUAAUGCCAUGGGUACCCGUUAAAGACCACACGCGCCGCGACCAAAUCGUAAAAAAAAAAAAAAAAAAAAAAAUUAUAAAAACCGCAAUCGUAUAUUAUUAUAUUAUAAUCGUGCGAUUGUGUGUAAUGUAAUUAUAAUGACACGAUGACACGAUGACACGACGAUUAUAUUUUUGCCGUUGGCGACAUUUGCUCGAGUAUAUCCCGGCGCGGUACCAAGAACAUACGCGUCCGGUGGAACGAGAAGGUAGGGAAGAGAAGAGAAGGAGGGGAAAAGGGCGGAGGUCAGUGCGUACAAUCGGCGACGGGACGGGUAAGAGGUAGGGGGAAGGGGGAGUGAAUGCGAGACAGGGGAGGCGCGAAAAUAUUUCCAAUUUCGAAAUACCGUACGCCAAUAAUAUAAUACUGCACUAAUACCGCGUAUCACGAUGAAUUGGAGGUGGCGACAGGAGGGGAGGGGAGGAGACGCGUUAACGCGUGAUUUUAGCCUCGAACGGAAUGUCGCCCUCCCCUCACCCUUACUUGGCUACCCCUCCUCACCACUACUCGGCUACUCCCCCCCCCCUCACGCCGGACGGCUCUCUCACGCGAUUAUUUUCCCACACGGUUGAGCCCGUCGCCGGACAAUGAUAAUGUUACACGACGACGACGUUGAUAACAAUAAUAUUUUGACUGUAAUGUUCGCGUACGCCGCGUAUUAUCGACUCGCGUAUUACAAAUAUUAUUGUCCGUGUCCGCGCGAAUAAUAAUAUUAUUGUAUAUCGAUGCGAACAAUACGUCCGGUCCGCGGGGCCGACAACCGUGCCUAAAGAUGAUUUCACGUCGUACGCGUCCCCAGGUGUACAAUAAAAUAUAAUAAUAAUAAAAAAAAAAAAAAAAAAAAAAUGUUUCCAGGUAUUUAUAUCAUGAUCGAACGCGCGCGAACCGAUUUUUUAAAAUAUUUUUUCUAUUAAUUCGGUUAUAUUAUUAUCGAAACCCGGAUACACAGCUUAUUAUAGUGCACCAGCGUCACGUGGACACACCUACGGCCACCGCACGUCCCACAGAAUUCCCGCGUGUUUCAUAAUAAUUCAACAACUCUUGCUCGGCGAUUUUUCCGCGUUUUUCUCUCGGCACCUACCCGGCGAUCAAUAUUCGGAUCCAUUACCCCCGUAACGGACGAGAAAAGUACCUACCGGCCCGAAAUACCGUGCACGGUGCCGUACGAGCGGAAACGACGAGAGACGAUGAGUCAUCCUUUCGACUUCCGUUUUUCCGACGAUAUUUCCCCCCCUCCCUCGCCCGCGAAUCGGCCUCGGUGUCCGACAAUUAUACCGUAGUAAUUUCGUACGUGUUUCUCCGUGUAACGUUUUAUCUCCUCCAUGAUCCUCGCGAUAUCACAACAACGACGACGAUAAUAUACGUAACGCGUAUCUGUAAAAAUGCUGUUCGCGGGCGAUUUAUCAUCAUUGUUAUCAUAUUGUUAUUAUCGUAGUCGUCCUCGUCGGACCGUCACGAUAACGUAGAAACCAGAUGAGCUUUUAUAUUUUUUCUCUUCUUCGUUUCGUUUACUGCGAAUAGCAUUUUUUUUUUUUUUAUUCGUUCGUAUCUUACAUUUUAAACAAAUCCGCGAGUGUAUCAAUGCGCGAGGUUACACGCCUACAUUAUUAUUUAUCGACGGACCGGGCGCGCUGGUCGUUUUCGAAUUUCUUUACGUCCACGUGAAAGUAGUAUAUUUUUGACGUGCAUGCGCAAGCGGCGGGUAGGUAUCAAUUUGCGUUUCACGCGCGUUUUCAAAUAAGACGACAACGAUGACGAUAAUAAUAAUAAUGUAACGGGUAUUAUAAUGUGAUAUUAUAAUAUAGGUAACCUACGCGAUACUUCCAUAGACUUAGUAAUACAUCUAGACGGAACGUUUAUACACCGAGGACUGUAGUAGGCGUGGUCGGUCCGAACGGAUCAAGAGAGAUAGGCCGAUAUAAAGCCUAGUGAGUGAGAGAGAGAGAGAGAGAGAGAAAGAGCGACUUUGCACUCCGAGGACAGCCAAUUAAAACAGUCCGUUUACUGUCUCACGACUAUUUCUGUCCUCGAAAUGAAAAACUCCACCCACCGGAACGCGUUUUGAUGCCGAAUGUUCCGUUUAAAUGUAUAAAAGUCUAUGGAUACCUGUGUGGUAUUAUUAUACCUAAUUUAUUGUUAUCACGUGGGGUUUUCGCAUGUCUCGAGUUCAACAGGCUGCUGCUGCUGCCGCUCAGUCGUCGGAACGUAAACACAUCACAAACAAAUCACGUCCUGACGUCCGACCCGAAUUUCCGUUUGGAUUUUAUCAAUUCCGGUCAUAAUAAUAUGCAUACACGUGUACACUCUGACAAAAUAUAAUUACAAACGCGCCACCGUACGCCAUUGACCCCGAAACUUACUUUUCCCCGGCACAUCGGCGCACGUCUCCGGCGUUUCGUCCAUCGCCCGCGUCGGUUUACAACAAUAGUAAAUAACUAUUGAAUUAAACGCGUAUAUCAAUCCGUAUUAAUAACCAUUUGGCGUUUAAAUCGAUUCAACAUAACUUUAUUUACUGUUCCGAGUCGUCCCGGUUUAUACAAACGAACGGAACAAUCCGUUCCGUUAGCAAUCCGCUCAGCGGCACUAAAUUACGAGUACAAAUAAUACGCCUAUAUAUUACGACAUGUUAUUAUAGUUUUGGACGAUUCGGCACUAAAACAUAUCGAAAGUUCUGUAAAGCCGUCUGCAAAACUUCGUAUAUUGUUCCGGUAACAUGCGAAUCAUAUACAUCUAUAAUAUUAUCGUUUUUGUACUCGUUCUGAAGUUAUUUUCAAUAGAUUUGCAAAUUAUAAACGUAGGUACCCGAUAUACGCGUGUUAAUAUUUUAACGAUAUUAUGUAUAGGGGAACGAAUGUGAUAUAUUUUUAUGACGCAGAAUUGUACGGUUGUUCGUACCAUUGAAUCUGUUGGCGAAUAGAGUCAGUUAAAAUGGAGGGCCGUUUACUAUGUACUAUCCGCGAAACGAAAUAUUAUAUUAUUCAUUACUUCUUUAAUAAUUUUGAAAAUUAACAAUUUAAGGUCGUAUUAAAUCAGUAAAUAUCCAAUAUUCUCGUCGAAUUAUAAAUUGUUAUACAUUUUAAUAAAACGUGUCGGAAAAUAGUCUCCAUAAUAAUAUGUUAAUAUUUAUUACGAAACGAUGCGAAUGAAAGAAAUAGUUGACAGUUUCAUUACCAUUACAAAAAAAAAAAAAUCGUAACCCGUAUGUCAUAUAUAGCUGAUAUCGGUUAGUAAAAGUAUAUACGAUACACAAAACGAGAAACCCGAAUAUUAUUGUGUUUCGGUCCGCUAGAAAACAAAAAAAAAAACAAUAUAAUUUGAAAGUAAUACGAUUAAAAAAUAUAGGUAUUACUUAAUAAAUAUAAUAACCACACCGAUCGACGCAGUUAUAGGAUUUUACAUAAUUUUAGCAAAAAAAAAAAUUUGUUUCUUUUUAUCAAACCGAUUUUCAUUAAAAAUUAUUUCAUCGAGACGGCGGGUGUCUAUUGCACAUCAUCAUUAGUGUUUAGCUCGGCAAUUUAUAAAAAUAUAAUAAACGAAUUUUUUUUUUGUUUUUUUCGUUGUUUUUUCACCUAGGGUCUUGUGAUUCGAUAUUUUCGCGAGUCAAACGUCAACAAGCGGCGACUAGUGAACCAAAAAAGGAGGAGAGCUUCGAGAUCGAAAUAUGCAAAGACAAAGAUGCAGGCGAAUGGUUUCGGUUGACGGCCCAGGAAGGCGACAGUUGUCGUGACGUCAUCCAGUGCACAUCGUCGGUAAGUGGAGCGCGAGACGCGUUGAAAUAUUCGAAACUCAGAAUAAUAAUAACGAUGCAGUACAUACACGAUUGUUAUUAUUAUUGAAUUUUACAUAACAACUGAAUAAUUUACAUGCGAUGUUGCUGCUCGCGCUCCAAUAAAAAUCUGUACGCAAUUAUUUACAUAAUAAUCGUUAUAGCACGCACCCAUUACACCAGUUGCACCGUGUCCGCGGUCGAAAUAUUUUUUUAUUGAUGCGCAUCGCGGUAGAACAUUGUACAGGCGACGGGUGCAACGCUUUCACAACACUAUAUUCGAGUACAAAAAUAUUAUUAUAUAUUUUACUACGAUUCCAUAUGCCUAUAUAGGUUCGCCCGCCACGCGGAAAAGCGAAUCCAUUAAUUAUAUAUUUUUUUUUACGUCGCGAAAUAUACGGUAGACAUUUAAAUAACAAUCGCCUAAUAACAUCUGGGAAGACGAAACAAUCGGCGGUUCCUAAAGACGUCAAGCCGUUAACCACCUGUAGCUAUACACAUUAGUUCAAUAUACGCGAUUGGAAUCGUCGGGAUUUUUUUGCAUCCGGAAAUCUUAAGUUUAACCCUGAAAACGAAAGUCGAAUACAUUUUGGACGACCGAGUUCACGCGACAGACUGUGUAUAACAAUACGAUAAUAAUAUUAUGUCGUAUACGACAUGUAUGGUUUAACAAUAGUCUUAAACAACGUCUAUAUAUUAUGGUACAAUAAUUAUCGUAACCUUGAUUUAAUGAACUCCGGCACGGUUUUAUAAUUAGUUUCUUUUCUAUUAAUUCUCUAUGUCCACGUGUAAUAUUGUCGAUGUCAUUACAACACUAUUACCAAAACGUCUGUUGCCCGUUUAAUUAUCGUUUAUAAAUAACUUCGAUUAGCGAGCGAAGCGGUGAUUUAUUUGAAUCGCGUUUCACUGUUACGACCAAAUAAUAUUAAACAAAACAUGGUGUCGUCGAGAAAAUCGGAAAAUGAUUUGUAUUCGUCGUCUCGUUUUGCACCGCCCGAAACCUGUCAAUAAAAUAGUCGGCUAUUGACUCGGACAUUUUCGUCAUUAUUUGUAAUAUUUUCGACUGCGGAACCGAGUUCAAUACAUAGGUACCUACUGCAUUUUCACACAGAAUUCACCGUGAUAAAUAAUUAAAAUCUGGAACGAUGAUGAACAAUUAACCGUCGAAAAUUCGGAAUAAUAAUUGAUUAUAAUAUAAUAAACGCACGAAUUAUCGUACCUAUAUUAUAUUGUCUACACUAUAUAGUUUUGAAGUAUAUAGUAUGUCAGCAAAGACGAGAUACAUUUUAAAUGUGCAUUUUUACUUUGUGGGCCAUUUCCAAAAAAUGCUCCCAUCACAACAUUUUUAUAGUUUCACAUAAUAAUAUCGAUAACGAAUCAAUAUUAUAUUGUGAGUAUACGAACCUCAAUAAAUUUUAUGACACUCAAACCUGUCGGUUUUUCGACUGAAAUUGUAUUUCUUAUAAUAUCCGACGAGCCGAUCAAAUAUUAUUGUAUCAAAAUAAAUUCUUCUUCUUAGCUUAAUAAAACGGACCAUUUUAAGAUUCUUUGCCGCUUCUACAAUAUUAUUAUUCCUCUCUGUUUUUUUUGAUCGAUGCUGAUGUUGAGCGUCGAAUUUUUUUAUAUAAUUUUCUGUAUAUUUUCCUUUCGAAACGCAAGAUAGAGACCCAAAAAUUCCAGAAGCUAAUGAAGCGAUUAAACUCUUCGACUAUCAAAUACUUUAUAAUUGUAAUUAUUACUUUUCAGGGAUUGCAAGCUAUUCGUUGUCCAGCUGGUUUGUAUUUCGACAUCGAAAAACAAACGUGUGACUGGAAGGCCGCGGUUAAAAAUUGCAAGUUGAAGAAUAAAGAACGAAAAGUCAAACCACUAUUGUUCACUGACGAACCAUUGUGUCAGGUACUGGAUAAAAUAGAUUUUUUAUGGUGCUUAUUGUUAGGUUAUGUUAGCACGUCCACGUAGCAUUAUAUGCGAACUAAUAUUUUAGUUGACACCGAAAGAUUUUUUUUUUUUCACUUUUAAAUUAUGUUUUAUUCUAUAUAGGAUUAAAUUAUUAUUCUACUCGGUUUUUGUACUACGGUAAAGUUCAAAUUUCGAUUUGACGUCAUGUGAUUAUUAAAUAGAAAUUGCUCAACAAACACACAUUGUUAUUUCAAUUGUAUCGAAUCAGGUGCAUAUAGGUAUUAAAAAUUAAAAAAUAUAAAAUCGUACAAAUGUUUAAACGUCUAUAUUGUAGUCGUUCUUCAAUUUCAGAGAUCCACGCACCAGUCAAAUUGAUUUAAUUUUCGAAAUCUCAAUAUAUUUUCUCAAGCAUUUAAAAUCGAUACCAUCGCUACAUAAAAUUAAAAAAAAAACCCUGUAAGUUUAUGUUAAAUAUAUUAUAAUAUAAUUUUUAUAGGACGGAGAAUUGUCUUGUGGUGAUAAAUCGUGUAUCGAACGAGGACUGUUUUGUAACGGAGAGAAGAACUGCCCCGACGGUUCGGACGAAAAUUCGUGCGGUUUGUACAAAAUUAAUAAAAUUAUACUAUUUCCAUAUUGAUUUAUUAACAGUGGCGUGACUAGGAAUUUUCAACGGGAAGGGCGUAGAAAAUAAUUGUCACGAUUCGCGGAAAAAUCGUAGAAACAAUGAAAAUUUUAGAACCAAAUCCAAAAAAGAUAAUUUUUAUUCAAUAAAUUAAUUUUUUUUUUCCUUUUAACUUUGCUGAAUUAAAAAACAUCAAGAUAAAUUGCUAAAUAAUCACUCAUAGUUGUUAUAUUUUAAAACGACUAGAAGGGAGAAAAAAUAAGUCCUAUCAUCUUCCAUUGUAGUGCACGCCACUGUUAAUAAAAAAAAAAAAAAAAAAAACGAUUGAUAUUUUAAAAUCUGCAGAUACAAAAAAAGUUAUAUUUUCAAGAGCUUACCUAUCUUCAUGCUUGCAAAGUAAUCAAAAUCCAUAAUAUAACCAAUUAUAUUGAGUUCCCCGUUAGAUAAUAUAAUGUACUAGUAGUAUUUGAUAUUAUUAUUUUAUUUUUUUUAUGGAAUUUGUUAUCAUUAUCAUACGAGAAAUGUCUACUACUAUAAGUAAUUAUACUUUACAAAUUCCAAUCUAGUUAUUAGAUACCUAUUUUAAGUGUACCUACGAUUAAUUAUACAUUUUUUUUUCUCUCCGAAUGCGUGUAGAUAACACUUUUUACCGACCUAUAACAGCCAAUAUAGGUAAUUAUAAGGUAAAAAUAAGCAAUAUAUUUUUGUAAUCUAAAUUUAUGUAUCGUUUUCUGCAGACUAGGAAUUUUCGAUUUGAAACAGAUAAAAAACUUUGAAAUUUAAUAAUACUCCGUGGUUAAAGUGUGGUGGGGAGAUAACGGAGUACGUUUUAUUCAGUACCUUUUAGGUUAAAUCUUCGAAGUCCGAGGACGCUUUAGUCACUAAAACAUAAAACUCUAAAAAACUCGAAUUAGUUAUUAUUAAUCAAAUUUAUAAUUUUAUAAUUGUAUAACUUAUAAAAUAAAUUCUUUAAUACCUAUUAAAUUAUACGUAAUCGGAUUCUGAUUUUCUUUACUUUUAUUAAACGGGCAUAUGUAUAGUAUACUAUUCGAGGGGGUGCAGUUUAUUUUUAAACCCCUAUUAAUAUACAAUUAUUGUGAACAAAUGUGUAUGAGAGAAAAACAAAUUUUGUCUCCGUGAAGGGGUUUCCUGAAGUUUUGGUUAGAUUUAAUAAGUUCUCGAGAACGGCACUCAAUUUUCGGGGAGCAUAAUCCUCUUCAAAGUUUUUCCCACUUUAACCACUGAUAUUACGUGAAUUAAUCCGUUAACAUUUUUGUAUAAAACGUAUAGCGUAUUAUAUAAUGUUCUUUUCUCUAUGAUAUUUCAAAAAUUCCAUUUUAUUCAUUACGUCUUCACAUUUAUAUAAAAAAAUAAAAAACACCGAAAUAUUUAGUGCGAGUCGAAAAUAUGUUUUUAUUCAACUAUAGGUACUAUAUCUAAUCCGACGUAUGACAAAUUAACAACUACGUGAUUUUUUAUUAAAUAUUUGCGUAAUAACUGCCGCAGCUAGUUGUCGUUUCUUUUUAAUAUAAUCACUUUGAUUAUAUUAUUAUUAUCUUCCCAGUUGGGUAUAUAAUAUAUUUAGACAAAAAACGUAUAUAUUUUGGUAAUUAUUAUCUUGUCUAAUUAUAUAAACCAGUGUGGAGAAAAUGUACAUAACGAUUCGAUUAAAACCAAUUACCUAACAAGAAUAUUAAUGUUUUUUUUUUCUUUAACAAAAUACAAUUAAAAGUUUUUUAGGAAAUCGAAAAAAUGUUAUUACGUUACAAAAUGUUUUUUUUUUUUAUUAUCAACACUCAUCGAUUUUAUUAUAUUCUGAACGUAUAGCGAGGAAUGUAUUGAUUCUACUUAAAUGUGUUUUUAAACAAUUUUCCACCAGAAAUCUUGCUCCAAUCUACAAUAACCUUUUUGUAGCGUUUUUAUCUAAUUAGCGCAUUAAUCCUCAUCAAUUAGGGUAAUUUCUCUGUUUUCUUCGGAAUUAAUAACAUUGGAAAAUCUGGCAAUUUUUGUCGAUUUCUGGGUUAUCUUGGCAACAAGGGGAAAACACGAUUGUAUUACUCUGUCCAGAAUUGUUUUUCAUUGGCCGUAGUUUAUCGUUGCACACAGAUAUAAAUUAAAUUACUUUAUGUAUAAUAUCCUCCUUUCCGACUUUCGGCCUUUUAUUUAUUUCCCCUCCCCUCUUUUGUAGACAACGACAACGAUCCCAAUCGCGCGCCACCUUGUGAUCCGGCCGUGUGCGUUUUGCCCGACUGUUUCUGCUCCGAAGACGGUACCGGAAUACCCAAUGACUUGCCGUACAAAGAGGUCCCACAGAUGAUCACCAUCACCUUUGAUGAUGCCAUCAACAACAACAACAUCGAAUUAUAUAAAGAGAUAUUCAACGGCAAACGCAGAAAUCCGAACGGAUGUGACAUCAAAGCCACGUUCUUUGUUUCCCACAAAUACACCAACUAUUCGGCAGUACAAGAGACCCACAGAAAAGGACAUGAGAUCGCGGUCCAUUCGAUAACGUAAGUAUUUUUUCUUUCGAUGUAUACAUCGCAGUUCAGAAAAAAAAAAUAGUUAAAUCAUCGUACAGUGUUACAUUAUAGUGUUUCGUCAUUUUUAACGUGUUAACAAAAAUCGAAUACGGUUAUUAUUAUUAAUUAUAAUUACUCGUAUCUGUUAGAUCGUUAAACGAUGACGAUUAUGGUGAAAAAAAAAACCAUUUUAUAUUCAGAAUAGAAUAGCGUAUAGAAAUUAAUUUCUUUUGGGUGCAUACCGAGGUGAUUUGCAUAUUAUACGGGGAAAAAAAUCAAUCCGGUUUUUCGAACACGAAAACGAUUUUGAACGUUUUAUAACGAACACUAAAUCAUGAGUGUUGAGGUUUUAAAUAUUAAACACGGUCUCCGCGGGGGGGAGGUGUCGGAAUAUACACUUAAUAAUCGAUUUCCCUUUCUGUAGCCGGUACACAUCACGAAUAUUUUGUUUCGUUAAACUAUGUAUCGGACCGAUAUAAUACAUAACAAUAAUAAUAUUAUACAUACACCAGCUACCUAUAUAAUAUACUAAUUGAAUCUAUAGUAUACCUAAUAAUAUAAUAAUAUUAUGCUAUACUAUAUAUUUACGAGUAUACACACAGGAUAUAAUAGGAUUAUUUAAAUAAUAUUAUAAUCGUGAAAGUGAGUACGAAUAAACUGGAAAGUAAAAAAAAAAUACUGUCAUGUAAUAACCCGGUAAGUAGGUGGAUACCGGGUGUUAUAUAUUAUAUAUAGAUAUAGGUAGGUAGGGUAUAACAGCGUAAUUAAUGCAACUAUAAAUAUAUUAUACUAAAGUGAACGUACAAUAAUAUUAUUCUGAGCGAGUCCGUGAAAAAUGAUUAUCGAUACGAUUUUGAAUUUUUUUUUUUUUUUUUUUAAUAUCUAUACAAUAUUAUCAGCUAUAAACGCAACACAAUUUGCUCUCUCAAUUGUCUCUGAACACUUAACCAUAUGGUAAUCGAUAACCGUGGGUUUUAACGAUAAAAAGUAAAACAGAAAUCUGAACAUGUUUAUUCGCUCCAAGUCAGGAAAUUUGGAAGGUACCACCUACUAGAGCUCUCUACUUCGCGUGUACAUAUUUUAACGUAUACACGUGAAAUUAACAUUCGAAGUUAUAAAACCAUACACGUGUAUUUUUCAACAAUAUAAAUGCCUUCGUUUAUCUGAUUUUUAAAUUGGAUUUAUGGCUGAUUACCGACCGCGAUUGGUCGGUUAUUUUAUAAACUUCAUUUAAAAAUCAACGUCUAUGUUAGUGAGUACGACCCUACGUAUAAAUAUUUACGUAUAGAAACAUUUGUACUAACGUAUACGUUAGUACAAUUAGACUGAUUUUUUUUAACAAUUACGAGUAUUACUGUUUAAAAUUUGUUUUUUUUAACACUCCAUACGCAAUAUAAUACGUAUUGGUAUUAUUAUAACUAUUUAAAGAAAAAUGUUACAGGGGGGGGGGAUGUAUCCUUCUCAUCCUUACCCAUUUAACCACGCUUAGCUACGAUCAAUCAAAGAGUUGUAAUCAAAAAACGAGUCUCGUUCUUGUAAAACUAUAAUAGGUAACCUAGAAAUCAACAAAAAUAAAACCAACGUAUAAGAAUAUCAUCAUUAUUGUUAUUAGGUUUUGUUAGACUUUUUAGAAACACUCCGAGGAGUCUCGACAGCAAUUUUUUACAUAAUAAGUAUUACCUGGCGGAAAAUCCGCAUUAUUCAACAGGGUACGGCCCAUUAAUAAAAAGCGAAAGAAGUGGUUCCAAAAAAAAAAAAAAAUAAUAAUAUCUUUGUAAAACUUCUUCGCUACACUAUCAGACUAUUAGGAAAAAAAAAUUAUAAUCUAUGGGUUUUCGUAUUAUAUAGGUACAUUAGAAUAACGACUGUCGCCGCCUAUAUUAUGUACUCGCCAAGGACACGAUAAAAAAGAAGACACCGGUUUGCAAUUAAUAUUAUUAAAAUAUUAUAUACAUUUACAUAUUAUUAUUUUCGUAAAAUUUCGAUUUCAUAACCGACGAAAUUCCCUUUUUUUUUCAUCUUUUUCUUUAAAUUUACGACAACCGUUCCGUACAAGGACACCUGCACCUCGCACACACACACACACACACUUACGCGCGCACACACCGAUUGCGCAAUCCGAGUGCACGAGAAACAUAAUCAUAUUAUAAUAGUAAUAAAAUAAACCGAACCGAUUGUACAUCUGUAUAUUAUAUUGUUGUUAUAAUAUAGGUUCACCAAUCCAUAUAAUACAUUUUUUAUCGUCAUCAUAUCGCGGGUAUACCACCUAGUGCGCGUGGCCGCAGCAUUCUUCGUCCGUGCCCGGGGCCCCGGGGGAACGCGAAAAAAAAAAAAAAUUGUUAAAUACAUCGACAAAAUACUAACACGGUGCCUCCGCGACGUUCGAUAUUAUUUGUGUUUCGCGUACGUGGAAAACCGGUAUAAUAUUAAAACUCAAGCGAACGGACGAACCGGGUCCGUCGGACGGGUCGUUUUUUUAGCGGUCCAUUUUCUCGUUUCGGUCGUGCUGUAUAGAUGCGCCGCGGUAUAAUGUGCCCAUAUAAUAAUAUUAUUAUAAUUAUCGUCACCAUCACAAUAUUGUACUCUCCGCGCUAAUGGUUCGGACGUAUUAUUUAGUGACGAGAAAAAAAUAAAAAAAAAAAAAAAAAAAAAAAAAAAAAUAAAUAAAAAAUCCAAUAUAAUUUAUUAUCGUACGCGUGCUCGCGCGAAUUCACGUAGGUACGCAGACAGCGGCUAUAUUAUUAUUAUUAUUAUUAUAAUAUUAAUUGUCAAACCUGUACGCGACUCGCGAGGAAUGCGCGUUGCGCAAUCGCGUGUGCAUUAAUGUAAUAAUAUGGAAGAUGAGAAUCGCUCGCAUCAGUUAGGUAGGUAGGUAGACAGGUAGGUUACCCGUCCCGUUCGGAACGAGAGUUUUUUUUUUUUUUUUUUUUAUUAUCAUAACGCAAUAAAUUAUCAUCAAUAUCGAAAACGGUAUUGCGCGACGGUCUCGCGCACGUUCUCGAAUCCGUUUUCGUCUCCCGCGCCGCGUAUCGACGGUCCCUGUAUGUCCUCUUCGGUGGGGUCGCUCGCUGCACGGUUUCAACGACACCAUAAUAACCACGCAGCUAUACUCCGUCGAUUGGUUUUCACCGGUGGCCCGUGUCCUGAGCAGGCCCGGAUUUCGGGAAGCUGUCACCCACCCGACAGGCCCUAUUAUUGAAUAUGCCGCCCUCUUCACCGAAAAAAAAAAAAAAAAAAAAAAAAACAACGCUAGUAUUCGUUGUAAACUCGGAAUUUCAAGAAAUUAAAUCAAUAAACAAUAAGAAACAUGAAAUAAACAACAUCAAUGCCAAAUAAUAAUAAUAGUGCAGUUACACAUAAACGAUUUUUUUUUUUUUUUUUGAAAUUCAUUACGAAAUUCGCCGCCCUAGGCCCGGGCUUCAUGAGCCGAUGAAAACAAACGCUGUGGCUAUUCCGUGAUUAGGACACACCAUCAGAAUUUAAUAUGUUGAGUUCUGUACACUGCUGCAGUUGAGGUAUCUACUCAAAACGAAUAACGCCUUAUUUGGUCGAUCGAAAGAUUCUAUUCCAUUCUCAAAUUUAGAACAGGACGCGCGCAGCAAAAAUGUUUGAUUAUUACGCGUAAUCGUUUUUCAAUUUUAGUUUAAUUUUUCCAAAAGAUGGAGAUUUAUUGCAGCAUUUUGAAUACACUUUUGGGGGUUCUCCCUGAACCAAACGAGCCAAAUUUGGGAAUUAAACUUUUUUCUUCAGGUGAAUUUUCGGGUUGAAUUUCACCGUUUGGUAAAAGAAUUUUGUUCUGCUUUGAUCACCUCUAGACUCUAAAUCUCUCGAAUUAAACAAGGAAAAUACAAUUGUGUAUUAUGUAAGGAUGUUACCCAUAUCGUAUUUUUAUAUUAAAAUUUCAUAAUUUUGUUUAGUACCGUAUAGUAUUCGUUAUUAGUGUUGUUUUACACAGAAUAAUUAUUCUUAAAUACAAAACGGCUGGUGACGUGUGAGACAAUAUUCGACUCUAAUAGUGACGGAGCUCUGCAGUGUUUUUUCUCACUCUCUCUCACUCUCUCUCUCUCUCUCUGUUUUUCCUAUACAUAAUAUUUUGCUGAAUUCGUACGCUUCAUUAUAUUAUAUUUGUAUUAUAGUUGCGACGAAUUGCCGCUGUAAGUUGACGGUGUAUUAAACAUUCUAAAAGACGAACAUAAUAUUAUUAUAAUUUGCAAAAAUGUCCAUGGGUUAUUGAUGUUCCGUCGAUCCAAAAGUCACGGACAAACAUUUUACAAUAUACCUAUUAAAUAAUAUUGAAUCAACAUUUUUGUCGUGUGACAUAUUUCAAGGCCACGUCAAUUCGUUUAAUAUCCGCCGUGAACUUUAUUCAAUUUAUUAUGUAUUAUAUAUACCUGUAUAUAUAAAAAAAAAAUUAUUAAAAAAUUCUACAAGAAUAAUUUCGUUUUGACGGGAUUGACAAUAAUACAUAUAUUUUCUACUCGGUUUUAUUCUUAAAAUACCAACUACUUCUUUGUGAUAUUUAUCUGUCUCCCACAGUUAUUGCGAAGUUUCGUAAAGAUAUUUGAUCUAUUAGAAUAUAAUCCCCAUUCACGGGGGUGGGGGGGAGGGUAACUUAAAACUCUGAAUGUGCAUAUUUUUUUUUUUUUUUUAUAAAGCAUUAUUAUUAUUAUUAUCAACCGAGAUAUUACCGUCAGCCGCCAAUAUAAUAUGAAUUAACUAUAGGUACUAAACUAAACAAUAAAUCUGGUAGAGGACAGAAGAUCAAAUUUUCCAUGUUACUGAUACAAUAAACGAAAUAUAAUAUAGUUUAAAAUAACACGUUUUUAAUUGUAUUGGUCACGUAAUUAAUUUUCGAUACAUAUAUAAACCAUGUCAUUUUGUCAACCAAAGAAGAAAAAUCAAGUUUAACGUUUAAAAAAAUUAGAUCCCUCGCUACGCUCCGAACCUAAAAGUAGAUAGGGACACAAAUUAUUUUAUUACGUCUAUUGAAUGCUAUUGUUACAUUUUUAAAUUUGUUUUGUAAUAUUUAUUAAAUUUAUUAUGACGGGUACUUUCGGUUUUGUACGCAUUGGAUAAAAAAAAAUCGAUUGAAGAAAACUGUUUUAGACGCAAAAAAAAAAAAAUACCCGGGCUAUAUACCUAAUAAAUAACAUGUUUACCAUAAAAAAAGGAAAACUCGCGCUAUGAAACGUUGGGUUUUAAUUUUUCGAUACCACAAUUACAAAUGAUAACAAAAAAAAAAAAAAUUAAUUAUUAUAUUAUUGAUAAUAAUAUACUCGGACGGGAUGUGCCCAAUAUGCGACUCUACCCCCGAGAUCGAUCAAACAGAUACAUUUAUAAUAUUGAUAAUUGGAAUUUCGUCCGGUCGGUCCUUGACCCGAAAUAGUAUAGACACGCCAUAUCAAACGAAUAGAUAAAUUAAAAAAAAUAUUCUAUUAUAAUUAUUUUAUUAUUCGCGGGCGCGUACCGAAUUCGUCACCAUCGAUGUUAUUAUUUCGCUCCGUAACGAAUCGACGACGACGGCGACGUAUUAUAAUAUCCAUACCUGUGAGUUGUGACGUGUAUAUUGCAAUACGUAUAAUAGAUUUUAAAAAAUCUACUUUGGAAAAGUUAGGUUAGGUUAGGUUAUAUUGAUCUAACCUAAAUAAGCUUUUGUACGGGCGGGCCAUGCGAUCGAAGAUCACGAAUCUGGGUCAAGUGUUAGAAAGCCAUGUGUCAUAAGGUCGGUUAUCAUGUUAAAAAAUCGAGUGUCAUAAAAAUCGUAAAUAUUAUAAAUAUAAUUUUUCAAAGAAAUCAUGUUACUAGUAUAUAAAUUAAAAUAUGGAUGAAGUACAAAACACCUAAUUUAGUGUGAAUUAUGAAUUAAAAAUGCACAGAUGUGUACCUAAGGAGUAUUGAAAUCUAUUAUACUAUAGCGCAGUAGGUGCAAUCAAUAUUUUGAAUAAUAUUUAAUCACUCUAAUCUUUUUUUUUAACAAGUAGUAACAUUUAUGAGACACGUGCAUUUUAUAACAUGUUUCUUUUACGAGACUUGAAAUCAGUGGCGUAGCAAAGGAGGUUUCGGGGUGUUGUGAUCCCCCCUCUUCCAUUGUUUUUGUUUAGGUAAGUUUAAGAAAGCUGUGAAUCCCUUUAACCCCUCUCUACCCAUUGAUAAAUCCUGGUUACGCCACUGCUUGUCACAUAUUACUGAAAACAGAUUAUACAAUAAUGGAUAGCGCAUGAUGCGUUACCAAUUACGUAGCGUGCAGGCGUUCCCGCGAAUGUCCGAUAUUAGCGGAAUACCUCAAAAUCGAGAGUAACCGAAAUUUCGUGCGACCGACAAUGGGUUUUUUUUUGGUUUCGAUCGAAAUACCCGUACCGUGGCUAUGAUCAUGAUGAUGGAAUGUCCAUCAUCCCGUGUUAAUAUUUUCAUAUUCGAAUUUUCACGGGGCUGAUGAAAACAAUCGUCUCGCGUUCAUUACGAUAUUGGUGUUGAAUUUGGUCGUUGCGUAGUACCGACGAGACACUCGUGAAUUUCCGACAGUGUCACAUUCGUCGGCGGGAAUACCGAAUAAUAAUUAAAUAAUCGUGAAAUAAUAUUGUCGACCGCUUAUCGUCGCCCGUGUACAUAAUACAUCGAUUCACACAAAUAAUACGCGUGACGUGCGUAAUGCGCGUGUUGCAGGCACAACGACGACGAGCAAUUCUGGAGCAACGCCACCGUGGAGGACUGGGCCAAAGAGAUGGCCGGCAUGCGCAUAAUCACGGAAAAGUACGCAAACCUGACCGAUAACAGCGUGGUCGGCUUGCGGUCGCCUUAUUUGCGAGUGGGCGGCAACAACCAGUUCACCAUGAUGGAGGAACAAGCUUUCCUGUACGACUCGUCCAUCACCGCGCCACUGUCCAACCCGCCUCUCUGGCCGUACACCAUGUACUUCCGCAUGCCCCACAGGUGAGAGCCGUCACGACAGUAUCUAUACGCGGGAUAAGGGACUUAUCUAUACAGGGAGGUAACUUACUGGAAUAUUGCUGGGCCAGCUUGCGAUGUCAUGCGCCCUGUAAUAUCUAUUGGAUCCCGUUGAACUAUUUAUUAUUAUAUUUUUUUACGGCCGUUCGCCAUUAAUAUACUCUUGUUAAAAAAAAAUCAAAACAAAUUAUUAUAACAGAUAGGGUGGGGCCUACAUAGGAAGUAGAACGGAAUUUUAAAUUUCUAUGUAACAGUAUUAUACGUUAUAUAGAAGUAUAUAGGUAUAUCGUACACCGCUUAUAGGUACCGGUUAACGAUAUUAUUAUGUUAUUCAAUCGGCGAAAGUUGUCGGGUUUCAAGGACUAAUGGGCGCGUUCUCCUGUACAUGGUUUUAAAUACAGCUCUAUUUAUUAUUAAAUAAACAAUUUGAUAUUAAUAAAAAAAAAAAAAAAUAAUAAUAAAAACGAUGUCAAAUUUUUUCUCUCUUUCGGACUAAAUGGCCAAGUGUACACGGUUACGUAUACGGACACCGGUUUUCGGAAUAUAACAUUUUAUUGUAUGUUGUACCGAACGCGCGGGGGUUUCGCUCGAAAUCAUGUUGGAGUGCAAUAGUUAUAUCGUAUCGCCUUUAUUUACGGCCACGGUUUUUGAUGCUCGCAGAUGUCACGGAAACUUGCAACAUUGUCCGACGCGUAGCCACGCCGUAUGGGAAAUGGUAAUGAACGAGCUGGACAGACGAGAGGACCCGAAUUUCGACGAAUACCUGCCCGGCUGUGCCAUGGUGGACUCGUGUUCCAACAUCCUUUCCGGCGACCAGUUCUACAACUUUCUGAACCACAACUUCGACCGGCAUUACGACCAGAACCGCGCGCCCAUGGGCCUGUACUUCCACGCCGCCUGGCUGAAAAACAAUCCCGAGUAUCUGGACGCGUUUUUGUUCUGGAUCGACGAAGUGCUGGCCAACCACAACGACGUGUACUUCGUCACCAUGACGCAGGUGAUCCAGUGGAUCCAAAAGCCGAGGAUCAUUAACGAGGUGAAGAACUUCGAACCGUGGAGGGAAAAGUGCGUGGUCGAAGGGCCGCCGGCCUGUUGGGUACCGCACUCGUGCAAGCUCACCAGCAAAGAGGUUCCCGGGGAAACCAUCAACCUGCAAACGUGCGUCCGAUGCCCAAACAACUAUCCGUGGCUCAACGACCCCACCGGAGAUGGUUUCUUCUAAGUCACACGCACAUUGUUCCCCGAUCUCACACACCCACACUCAACAAAUCGACAUUUUUCACAAUAUUCAAUUUUAUUAUUAAUUUUUUUUAAUUAUUAAUUAUUGGCGCUGUUAUUUUUGUUUUAACUUUCCCCCGCCCUCCGCGUCUGAUUUCCAAGACAAUGCGUUUGCUAUACCAGCUAUCUAUAUGUAUUACGUCCCCGUUAUUCUUUUCCAAUGCGAAUUAUUAUUUAAUCAACAAAUUUCUAUAGACUCAUUAUGUGUAUCGGGUUUCUUAAUUAACUGUGAUUUUUGUUUAGGUCGGCGCGGUUGUUGUCGCGGUCGCGACCGCACCGCGCCGUCACCAUUAUGUAACGGCGGCAUAGCGCGUGUUACUUAUUUUAUAUUGUAAAAUAAAUUCGUCGUCGAACAUCGAUAAUAUAUUAAUUACAUUUUUAUUUUUUAUUUUUUUGUUCACUUUGCUCGUAAGAAAGAACUCUGAAAAAAAAUUAUACCAUUAAGUGUAUUUUUGUAAAAAAAAAAAAAAAAAUAUAUAUGAACGAAAAGUUGUAUCUAUAUAGAUAGUAAAUAAAUUAUAUAUUAAUAUUUAAAAAUAUGAUGUCUUGUGAUUUAUAACGAAGAAAAAAAAACUAGUUUUCAAUUA